CAGAACACCUCACGAAACUCCUUGUUAUGUCCGCUCUCUUCCUCCGUACUAAGUCUCUCGUUCUCAUCAUCUCUCUUACACAGAAAACACACAAGAAAACAGAGUGAAAAGAUGGAGAGCUUCGCCCUCCACUCUCUCUCCGCUACCACCACCUUCUCCACCUCUCUUUACACCCGAAAUUCUCUACUCCACAGAUCACCGGGACCUAUCUCCAUCACCAAAUCCUCAUCAACCGCCCGCUCAUUCUCUGCCAUCAGAUCAUCCGCUCAAAAACCUCUCCUUUUCUCUCCAUUCCACAACAAAAACAAAAUCUUCACGUCCAAAUCCAGAAUUCUCGCAUUGGAUCAAGAAUCCAAGGACAGCCCGUUAUCAAAGUCGCCAGAAAAACCAACCCCAUCUCUAAAAGGAGCAAAAUUGAUACCCCUUUUAAUAUCUGUCUCUAUAGGCUUAAUUGUAAGGUUUGCUGUGCCUAAACCAAUAGAAGUUACCCCUCAAGCCUGGCAAUUGUUGUCUAUUUUCCUUUCUACUAUCGCUGGUCUUGUUUUAAGUCCUUUGCCAGUUGGGGCAUGGGCUUUUUUGGGUUUAACUACUUCGGUUGUUACUAGAACUUUACCUUUUUCGACGGCUUUUAGUGCUUUUACUAGUGAAGUUAUUUGGUUGAUUGUUAUUUCUUUCUUUUUCGCUCGUGGUUUUGUUAAGACUGGAUUAGGUGAUAGGAUUGCUACCUAUUUUGUUAAGUGGUUAGGGAAGAGUACUUUAGGAUUGUCUUACGGAUUGACUCUUAGUGAGGCGCUUAUCGCGCCUGCAAUGCCUAGUACUACUGCUAGGGCUGGUGGGAUUUUUUUGCCUAUUAUCAAGUCCUUGUCAUUGUCAGCAGGGAGUAAGCCUGGUGAUACCUCUUCGAAAAAGCUCGGUUCUUAUUUAAUUCUGUCACAAUUUCAGUGUUCUAGCAGCUCCAGUGCUCUUUUUCUUACAGCAGCGGCUCAAAACUUGCUGUGUCUGAAAUUAGCUGAGGAACUUGGGGUGAUAAUUUCAAGCCCUUGGGUUUCCUGGUUUAAGGCAGCUAGCUUGCCAGCAUUGUUUUCUGUUCUAGCUACUCCAUUUAUCUUAUAUAAGCUUUAUCCUCCUGAAACAAAAGACACUCCAGAUGCUCCAGCAGUGGCUGCAAAGAAGCUGGAGACUAUGGGUCCCGUCACAAGAAAUGAAUGGAUCAUGGUUGGUACCAUGGUUCUUGCAGUUUCUUUGUGGGUAUUUGGAGAUGCUCUUGGAAUACCAAGUGUAGUUGCUGCAAUGAUUGGCUUAUCAAUACUUCUUUUGUUGGGAGUUCUUGAUUGGGAUGACUGCUUAAUUGAAAAAUCAGCAUGGGAUACUUUGGUUUGGUUUGCCAUUCUAGUGGGAAUGGCAGGCCAAUUGACAAACCUUGGUGUUGUAACCUGGAUGUCUAGCUGUGUAGCCAAGGUCCUUCAAUCUGUCUCUUUGAGCUGGCCUGCUGCCUUCGGGAUUCUUCAGGCAUCUUAUUUCCUGAUCCACUACCUAUUUGCCAGUCAAACUGGUCAUGUUGGUGCUUUGUACUCUGCAUUCCUUGCAAUGCAUUUGGCAGCUGGGGUGCCUGGUAUAUUGGCAGCUUUGGCUUUAGCUUACAAUACGAAUCUUUUUGGUGCUAUUACACAUUAUAGCAGUGGCCAAGCUGCUGUAUACUAUGGAGCUGGUUAUGUAGCCCUUCCUGAUGUAUUCAAGAUGGGCUUUACAAUGGCCCUUAUUAAUGCCAUCAUCUGGGGAGUUACUGGAACUUUCUGGUGGAAAUUUUUGGGUCUCUACUGAUUUGCUUUUGCACUGUAAGUAACUGUUGGGGUUCCUUCUGAAACGAUAUAGUGAUUUGGAGAAUGGCUGAGCUUAUAACUUUGCAAAGAAAUUUUGACUUCUUAGCCUGGAUCUCUAUUAGUUUUACAGGUAGAACAUUAUGAGAUUAAUAAUACUAAUGGAAAGAUUUGGUUAUUUUCUUUGUGAAUCAAAGAAAUUGAAACUUACCGAUCA